CUGUCAGUGUCCAUCAGUGCCACAUCAAUGCCACAUAUCAGUGCCUACCAGUGCACAUCAAUGCCACCCAUCAGUGCCAGUCAGUGCCACCUAUCAAUGCCAAUCAGUGCCACCUAUCAGUGCUGCCAAUCAGUGCCGCCUAUCAGUGCUGCCUUUCAUUGCCCACCAGUGAUGCCUGUCAAUGCCCAUCAGUGCCACCUAUCAGUGCUGCCAAUCAGUGCCACCUAUCAGUGCCAGUCAGUGCCGCCCAUCAGUGCCGCCUAUCAGUGCCAGUCAGUGCCGCCUAUCAGUGCGCAUCAGUGCUGCCUAUUAGUGCCACCUAUCAGUGCCAGUCAGUGCCACCUAACUGUACCAGUCAGUGCCACCUAACAGUGCCAGUCAGUGCUGCCUAUCAG